GCGAGCGGAGCGGACGUGCCGGCGCCGCCCCUGCCAGAACCGGACUCUCGGAGCGACCAGGCGGGGGAAGCUAAGCCCAGCGUUCGCCCGCCCGCCCGCAAUGAUGCCGACCAAAAUGCCGCGCAAGCCCGCGCCGCAGAACUCCGCGCCCUCAGAUUCAGAGUGCGCUUUGCAACUACGCAAGAUUGGGGACAAGUGGAAUCUCCGACAAAGGAUUCUGAACAUGAUCUCAAAGCUCUUCUGCCCAGGAAUUGGGACAGUCUUGAAGAAGAGAAAAGGAAUUUGAAAAAACAGCAACAUGGGAAGGAAGAAAAUAAUCUUUGGAAAGAUGCAAACUUUAUAUACUUGGAAUUAUAAAAGAGAACCUCCAUGAGGUGGAAGAGAUCAGACGUUUGAAGCAUUUUGUUGCUUGUUUCCAUCAACAACAAUAAAGCUCCUAUAUGGUGUUUUCAGCUACCAUUUCAGGAAGUUUGUUGGUGAAUGCAAAUGGAGCUAAUAAGAGAGGAGAAAACUGGAUUUUACUAUUUACUGACAAUGUUGAGCAUUCAUGAGAAAUGAAGGAAUCUGAAUCAGUGCGGGAUGUUAAUCUCUUUCAUGCAUAGCGAAAAUGAUUUUGGAUUUCCGUAGAAAAUACAAAUGAGUUUCUCAGCUCGCUUCUUAUUUUCUAGAGUUUGGAAACCUGCAUGGAGAAAACCAGGAGAAGUAUGUUACAUAUGCAUUUGUUUUGCUGAAAUGAAUGUACUUUGUUAGAUGGUCAUUGGUUUUUUAAUUAAUUAUAUUGCAAUGCCAUUAAAUUAUAAGAGUGAAACUGGUACUGCUGGAGUACCGACUUCACAA